GCCUUACGGCGGGCCCUUGGUGGAAGGGAAUUUGGAUUUACAGAGAAAAUAUCUCGUUAAAUCGACCAUUGCAGGGGAAUUCAUUCCAUUUUAUCGUAUAAGUAACACACAGUACCUUAGCUUAUCAAUUAUUUAAGAAUGGAAAACGAACGAUGAGGUGUUUGCAGCGAGGCUGCAGUUGACUGAACAAUGGCUCAGUUUCCCACGCCCUUCGGAGGGGGUCUGGACGCCUGGGUGAUCUCUCUGGACGAGCGAGCCAAACAUGACCAGCAGUUUGUCAGCCUGGCCCCCACACCAGCUGGCUACAUCACAGGUGACCAGGCCAGGAAUUUCUUCCUGCAGUCAGGCCUGCCUCCUCCCAUCCUCGCACAGAUAUGGGCCCUGGCCGAUAUGAACAAUGAUGGGAAGAUGGACAUGCACGAGUUCUCCAUCGCCAUGAAGCUGAUCAAGCUCAAGCUGCAGGGUCACCCCCUGCCCCCCUCUCUGCCCCCCUCCAUGAAGCAGCCGCCCCUCACCCUGCCUCCGCCGCCCACCGCACCCUUCGGAAUGCAUGGUUUAGGGGUAAUGCCAGGCCUCCCAGCAGUCCCUCCAUUACCCAUGCCUCCUAUGCCAGGGGUGGGUAUGUCCCCCCCUCUGGUGUCAUCGGUUCCCCCGUCUGUACCCCCCAUGGCCAACGGAGCACCAAUGACUGGCUUCUCCCACCCAGCCACGACACUCAACAAAAGCUCUUCUUUCAACCGCUCCAGUGCCAAGCUGCAGGGACAGUCCUUUGAGACUACUAGCACCCCUGUGCCCUCCCAGCCUCCCAUUGACUGGGCUGUUCCCAGCUCGUCACGGCUAAAGUACCGGCAGCUCUUCAACAGCCAUGACAAGAUGAUGAGCGGCCACCUCACCGGACCCCAAGCAAGAACCAUCCUGAUGCAGUCCAGUUUGCCCCAGACCUCGCUGGCAUCCAUAUGGAACCUGUCGGACAUCGACCAGGACGGCAAGCUGACGGCCGAGGAGUUCAUCCUGGCCAUGCACCUGAUUGACAUGGCCAUGUCCGGCCUGCCCCUGCCCCCUAUCCUGCCCCCAGACUUCAUCCCCCCCACCUUUAGGAGGGUGCGUAGCGGUAGCGGGGUGUCUCUCACCAGCCUGCACUCCACUGACCAGCGGGUCCAAGAGGAGGCCGAAGAGGAGCAAGAGAGCGAGAAACAGAAGCUGGAGAAACUGACAUUCGAGGACAGGAAGCGGGAGAACUUUGAGCGGGGCAACCUGGAGCUGGAGAAGCGUCGGCAGGCCCUGCUUGAGCUGCAGCGCAAGGAGCAGGAGCGUCUGGCAGCGCUGGAGCGCGAGGAGCAGGAGAGGAAGGAGCGCGAGCGGCUGGAGCAGGAGAGGAGGCGGCAGCAGGAGCUGGAGAGGCAGCUGGAGAAGCAGAGGGAGCUGGAGAGGCAGCGGGAGGAGGAGAGACGCAAGGAGAUCGAGAGGAGAGAGGCGGCGAAGCGGGAGCUGGAGCGCCAGCGUCAGUUGGAGUGGGAGAGGAACCGCCGGCAGGAGCUGCUGACCCAGAGGAACCGAGAGCAGGAAAACAUUGUCCUGCUCAAAGCCCGCAAGAAGACCCUGGAGUUUGAGCUGGAGGCACUGAACGACAAGAAGAGCCAGCUGGAGGGCAAGCUACAGGACAUCCGCUUCCGCCUGUCUGCCCAGCGGCAUGAGAUCGAGAGCACCAACAAGAACCGCGAGAUCCGCAUCGCAGAGAUCACCCACCUCCAACAGCAGCUGCAGGACUCUCAGCAGUGGCUCGGCAGGCUGAUCCCUGACAAACAGUGUCUAAACGAACAACUCAAACAGGUCCAACAGAACAGCCUGCACAGAGACUCCCUGGCGUCGCUGCAGAAGGCGGUGGAGGUCAAGGAGUCUAGUCGGCAGCAGCUGAGAGAACAGCUAGACACUGUGGAGAGAGAGACCCGCUCCAAACUGCUGGAGAUAGACGCCUUCAACACCCAGCUCAAGUCUCUGGCUGCUUUCUAUCAGGGCCACACUGCCCGGAUAGAGGGCCUCCGUCUGGAGCUGCUGCUGGAGGAGCAGAGAGGGCGACAGGAGCUCCGAGAGAUCCACAGCAAGCAGCAGAGACAGAAGCAGAAGGAUCACCUGGAGGGAGAAAUCAACAUCCACGCCAUCGCUCAGGAGAGGGCCAAGUCCGCCGAGCUCACAGACGGAAGGUUGUCUGCCACUGACGAGGGCCUGGCGUGGCGAGAUGAGGGUAUGGUGGAGGCCCCCACCCCGCCCCCCCAGCCCUGGAUGAAGCGCGUGAGCGAGGAGGAGGGGCGCGCUAAGAAGGACAUGCAGGACAAACUCAACCAGCUUUUCAUGCAGCAGCCUGAACCAGGGAAACUCAUGAACCAGAGCCCUUGGCCCACGGGCGACAAGAUCCCGGUGACUGGGUUCAACCAGGACAAGGUCAAGGUGGUCUUCUACCGGGCGCUGUACCCCUUUGAUGCCCGCAGUCACGACGAGAUCACCAUCACCCCCGGAGACAUUGUCAUGGUGAAAGGGGAGUGGGUGGACGAGUCCCAGACAGGCGAGCCAGGCUGGCUGGGUGGCGAGCUGAAAGGGAAGACGGGCUGGUUCCCCGCCAACUACGCCGAGAAGAUCCCAGAAUCCGAGGUUCCCAUGAGCCUGCGGGUCAGUGCCGCCACCACGGGCGUCGCGCCCAAACUGGCCUCACGACUCACACCCACUGCCGCCUCCACCACACCCACGCCACCCAGCCAGCCAAUGGCAACCCCUCCCCCGGCGACCGCUCCCCCUGCCCCCGGUCCCUGCCCUGGCCCUGGUCCCGCCUCGUCCUCCUCCUCGGCAUCUAGUAACUGGGCAGAUUUCAGCACCACAUGGCCGUCCACCAGCUCUGUGGAGAAGACUGAGACUGGGGAGGGCUGGGACGCUUGGCCCACCCAGCCGUCUCUCUCUGUGCCCAGCGCCGGGCCCGGGGGCCAGCUGCGCCAGCGCUCUGCCUUCACCCCCGCCACCCUCAGUGGCUCCUCUCCAUCCCCCGUCCUGGGACAGGGGGAGAAGGUGGAGGGUUUGCAGGCCCAGGCUCUGUACCCGUGGCGGGCCAAGAAGGACAACCACCUCAACUUCAACAAGAGCGACGUGAUCACAGUGCUGGAGCAGCAGGACAUGUGGUGGUUCGGAGAGGUGCAGGGCCAGCGGGGCUGGUUCCCAAAGUCCUACGUCAAGCUCAUCUCUGGCCCCGUACGCAAGUCCAUGAGCAUUGAGUCUGGCUCGUCCGACAGCCCCCCCACCAUGAAGAGACCCACCCCGUCCCCUACCAAGGCCAUGGACCCAGGAGAAGAAUACAUAGCCAUGUACACCUACGAGAGCAACGAGCAGGGUGACCUGACCUUCCAGCAGGGCGACGUCAUCGUGGUCACCAAGAAAGAGGGCGACUGGUGGACGGGCGUGGUCUCGGGCAAGACGGGGGUGUUCCCUUCCAACUACGUCAAACCCAAGGACUCGGAGGGACUGGGAUCCGCAGGGAAGACUGGAAGCCUGGGGAAGAAGCCCGAGAUAGCCCAGGUCAUCGCCCCGUACACGGCCACGGGUGCCGAGCAGCUCACCCUGGCGCCCGGCCAGCUCAUCCUCAUCAGGAAGAAGAACCCGGGGGGCUGGUGGGAAGGGGAGCUGCAGGCCCGGGGAAAGAAGCGGCAGAUUGGCUGGUUCCCAGCCAACUACGUGAAACUCCUGAGCCCCAGCACCAGUAAGACCACGCCCACAGAGCCCAUGCCCCCCAAGUUGCCAAUGCCCAGUGCAGGUAGGGGCCAGGAGCAGGGAACUGACGGGGGCCCGCCGGGGCCUUGGGGCCCCUCCGUGACUCAACAUAUGACGGCAGUGUGUCAGGUGAUUGGCAUGUACGACUACAUGGCGCAGAAUGAUGACGAGCUGCCCUUUGGGAAGGGCCAGAUCAUCAACGUGCUGAGCAGGGAGGACCCUGAUUGGUGGAAGGGCGAGCUGAACGGUUCCGUGGGCCUCUUCCCCUCCAACUACGUCAAACUGACCACCGACACAGACCCCAGCCAACAAUGGUGCGCUGACCUGCACCUGCUGGACAUGCUGACCCCCGUUGAGAGGAAGAGACAGGGCUACACGCACGAGCUUAUCGUCACCGAGGAGAACUAUGUAAACGACCUGCAGCUCGUCACCGAGGUCUUUCAGAAGCCUCUGCUGGAGUCGGAGCUGCUGACAGAGAAAGAGGUGGCCAUGAUCUUCGUCAACUGGAAGGAGCUCAUCAUGUGUAACAUCAAGCUGCUCAAGGCUCUGAGGGUUAGGAAGAAGAUGUCGGGCGAGCGGAUGCCGGUGAAGAUGAUUGGAGACAUCCUGACGGCCCAGCUGCCCCACAUGCAGCCCUACAUCCGCUUCUGCAGCUGCCAGCUCAACGGGGCCACGCUCAUCCAGCAGAAGACAGACGAGGUGCCUGAGUUCAAGGACUUUGUCAAGAGACUGGCCAUGGACCCAGGCUGUAAGGGAAUGCCCCUCUCCAGCUUCCUCCUCAAACCCAUGCAAAGGGUGACGCGCUACCCCCUCAUCAUCAAAAAUAUCCUAGAGAACACUCCGGAGGCUCACCCGGACCAUAGCCAUCUGAAGCAGGCUCUGGAGAAGGCUGAGGAGCUGUGUUCCCAGGUCAACGAGGGCGUCAGGGAGAAGGAGAACUCUGACCGUCUGGAGUGGAUCCAGGCCCACGUCCAGUGUGAGGGGCUUUCUGAGCAACUCGUGUUCAACUCAGUGACCAACUGCCUGGGCCCGCGCAAGUUCCUGCACAGCGGCAAACUCUACAAGGCCAAGAGCAACAAGGAGCUGUAUGGCUUCCUGUUCAACGACUUCCUCCUUCUGACUCAGAUCAUCAAGCCCCUGGGCUUCUCGGGCUGUGACAAGGUGUUCAGUGCCAAGUCCCACCUGCAGUACCGCAUGUACAAGACGCCCAUCUUCCUGAACGAGGUGUUGGUGAAGCUGCCAACAGACCCCUCGGGAGACGAGCCCAUCUUCCACAUCUCCCACAUCGACAGGGUCUACACCAUACGGGCAGAGAGCAUCAACGAGAGGACUGCUUGGGUGCAGAAGAUCAAGGCUGCUUCUGAGCUCUUCAUCGAGACAGAGAAGAAGAAGAGGGAGAAGGCCUACCUGGUUCGCUCACAGAGGGCUACGGGCAUCGGCCGGCUGAUGGUAAACAUUGUGGAGGGCAUCGAGCUGAAGCCCUGCCGCUCCCACGGUAAGAGCAACCCGUACUGCGAGGUGACGAUGGGUUCCCAGUGCCACAUCACCAAGACCCUGCAGGACACGCUCAACCCCAAGUGGAACUCCAACUGUCAGUUCUUCAUCAAGGACCUGGAGCAGGAUGUGCUGUGUGUCACCGUGUUUGAGAGGGACCAGUUCUCUCCUGACGAUUUCCUAGGCAGGACAGAGAUCCGUCUGGCGGACAUUAAGAAGGACCAGGGCUCCAAAGGGCCAAUCACCAAGAGGCUGCUGCUCCACGAGGUGCCCACAGGAGAGAUUGUCGUACGGCUGGACCUGCAGCUCUUCGAGGAGCCCUAGCCCAUCCCAGUUCAACCCAGCCCUGCUCAGCUCACUCUAACCCAGCCUAGCCUAACACCCAUACUGUCCCCCAAACCCUGUUACCCCUGCCCGAAGUCUCACCAAGCUCUAGUGACAAUCCCCAACGGCCUAGCCCCACACUCCAGUGUGUUUGCGGGCGUGCGCAUGUGUGACUGUGUGAAUUAAUGUCUGCAAAAGCUGUCAAGGGUCUUAAUAAGUGAUGUAUUUUGUUUUCCUCUUUAUGAUUUGUAUCAUUAUGGUGUAUGUAUGAUAUCAUGAUUCCACUAUUAUUUGGUUGAACAAAAUUAUGAAACAUUCCACAGCUAAUCAAAAAUUUCGAAGGCCGUCUUAUAACGCAAUGAACCUUUGAGACAUGAUAUACUGUAUGUAGAGAAAUGUUUGAACAACACAUAUGAUCAUUGCUUAUGCACUGUAAGUCUUAAAUAGCCCAUCCUGUGGCAUUAACAACUGGGUUGUGUUCAUUAGUCAACAAGCGGAAGAAAACAGACUGAAACCGGGCGAGACUGCCUUGUCCAAAAAGAAACGUUAAUUUUCAUUUUCCGUUUUAAAACACCUUCCGUUGUGUGGCAUAAUGAACACCACCCAGAUGACCACACUGUUAUUGUGCCAUCCCUGUGACAACAGAUGGUAACCUCCCAUAUAACCUUUGACACUGUGUUCAUGUUUAUAAACAAACAGCUAUACGGCUAUUAUGUCAUUGCAGGUCGGACAAUUUCAAAAGCUUGUCUAAAGCCUAUCUAAUAAUACCCCUGGUUGUGUUAGCUGGAAUAUCUUAGCUUGUAUUUCUUUAAUUCAAACGUGACCCAGGUUUCGAGUUAUAUAUUCAUUUCUGUGUGCGUCUGUUUGAGACAAAGGUACAGUAUGUACGUGAAUGUGAGGAGGAGAGAUCAACUUUGAGAUAUACCCUCAAAGGUUUGGUGAGACACUUUGGAAAAUUGUGUUAGUGAAGGAAAGAACUGUUGUUACUGUUAGGAUACUACAGUAUGCUGAGAAUGACAAUGAAGCUAUCAGUGAUCUUAAUACUGUCCUUUAUCUGUUCCACAUAUUGAGUAUUGUUUUAGAUCAGAAAUACGGUUUGGGGGAAAUUGAAGAGCAGAUUUCCUGUUUUCUAAAUGAUGAUGUAUAAAUGAGUGCCGAUGUAUAGUUACUUUUGCAGCGUAGGCCAAGAUAAUGAGUACCAAUGUACUACAAAUCAUUUGUUUUUCGAUGGUUAGAAGAAUCUAUCAGUGAUGUCAGGAAUGUUUUUGUACUUGUUCUGAAAAAUUCGGUUAUUUUCAACACAUUCAUAUCUUCACGUUUUGUAUGUAUAUUUUAGUUGUUUUUAAUUACAUUUUUUUGUACGGCAAAAGAGCACCAUUUAAUAUAGAGUGCUAUAUUUUUGUGUUGGAAAGCCAUUUGUAGGUGUUUUGUUUUGGAGACUGAGGUCAGGCUUUGUUGUGCUGGACAUAUUCGGCCAAUGCUGUAACUGUUUGUGAAGAGGAGGUAUUUCAGGUUCAUUCAAUUUGGGUCUCACAAAUUAAUUUAUUUCCUUUGCAAGAGGACAGGAAGUAGUAUUUUUGAGUGUUGUGUUCAGUUGAACAACACUGUAUUACAUAUUUAUAGAAGUUAAGGAAGAAAAAAUUCGGACAAAAGGGAAAUAUCAGCCUCCUGGUGGCUGCAAUAUGCAAUCUACUCAGAGGUACGUAUUGUUUUUUAUCUGUUAUUUCGUUCUUUAUGAUGGCUCUUGGGUUCUGCGUUCGAAAGGAGAUGUACAAGGAUAUCCGAAGGCAGCAGAGAUGACUGACAUCAGAGUCUGUUAAAUCUGACAAUAUUAGCAUAACACAGUGGAGGGGUGAGAUCUUAGUUAGUUUGUGUAAUGUUAGUUUAAUGUAUGUUGUUACCAGCUAUGUGUCCAUGUAGAUAAUUUACAAAUACUAGUGAAAUUCCACUGCCGUGUUAGUGAGAGUGGUCAAGGAGAACAGCUUUUGCAGAGCCUGUGUGUUCCUUAUCAUGUGUAUGUCUAGGAGUGAGUGUGUGUAACUUUAAGUUACUAUUCUCGAGUGCUUUGGUUUGUGCUGGAUCUCUUCAAGUUGGAGGACUUAGAUUAUGACUAGUCAUUUCCCUAUAGUGUGCAACCUCUGUACCUCUACACCUACUCCUUCCCAGUUACCCCACAGUAGUGCUCUUUUAAUGUUCACUCUAAAACCAGUGAUGCUCUCUAUUCUUUUUAAUGAGCAAAGUCUUAAUUGAUAAAGUACAGUAUGUGAAUAUGUUGAAAUAUUUGAAAGGAGUAUAAGUAAUAUAUUACAACAACUACCGUAGAAGAAUAAUGUUGAUGACAAUGUAUUGUUAUCAAUGUAUGAGAAGUGUAUUGUCUUAAAUGUUGAAAAUAAAAUUCAAUUGGACCAAGGA